AUAACAAUGAAAAAAUGUCUUGAUGCUAUUAAAACGUCACAAUACUUAUGACGUCAUAAUGUACUGAAGUUGACAAGAAGAAGGAAACAUGGAUCCGUACCUCUAUAAGACGCUUAAAAAUUGUGAUGCCAAGCGUUGUUGGGCACUAGUGAAAAAUGUCAUCGGCGUUCAAUUAAUAGGUGAUGACGUUAUCAUGGUACCUUUUCUACAAGAGGGACUGCAUUACGAUCUUAACCGUGUCAUAAUCAAAGAGGAGAGGUCUCCAAUGCAAAAACUGGCACGGGUGGCCCCAGGAGCGAUCUCUGUCGGAAAGCUGACGGAUUUUGUCAAGGAUGAAGUGAUCCCCGACACGUUUAAUAGGCUUAGUGAAGUACAAAAAGUGGAAACCAUCCACAACCAACGCUACGUGUUCGAAGAAUCCGAUAUGAAGCACGGCGUGAAGAAAACUGUUCGAGUGGAGAUUCUCGGUUGUGACCACUAUACCUUGUGGAGCAAUCCUGAAUGCAACAGUCUGGUGGUGGAUUUCGACAACAGAGGAUUCCCCUAUGUGAAGAAAUUCUACCUGAUAUAUGACGCGUUCUACGCUCACAACGUCAAAGUGCACGUCCGUAUCAACGACGAGGUGGACGAGUUCUGCGUCAACCAGCACAUCCCGAUCGGCUUCCGGUUGAAGCGCUACACGAUCAAGCCCAAUGGGCUGAUCGGGCCCAUCAAAGAUAUCUCCAGCAGCGAGUGGGACGUCCACUGGAUCAAGAGCUCCAUGUUUAGGAACCCCAUGGAUGCCCUUCCGAGAGUUCCUGACUCAAAUGCUCCUAGCACAAGUCGAGCCCGAUGAAGUUUUUCAGCAUCUUGGAUUUUCCAUUCCGUCAUUUAAUUUGUACUUUUAUCUAACAGCAUGUAAAAAUAAAUCUUAACAUUUUACUUUUCUUUUCUUUCAAUUUCAUUU